GCUGGAGCGCAUCGAACGGGACUCGCUGACCCCGGCCCGUCUCCCGCAGUUGCAGAGUUACUUCGCCGCCUGCGAGGACGAGACUCCAGCAAUUCGGAAUCACGACAAGGUCCUGCAGCGACUGUGCGAGCACCUGGACCAUGCCCUGCUCUACGGGCUGCAGGAUCUCUCGCUGGGCUACUGGGUGCUGGUUGUUCAUUUCACCCGCAGGGAAGCCGUCAAACAAAUCGAGGUGCUGCAGCACGUGGCUACCAAUGUGGGGCGCAGUCGAGCUUGGCUGUACCUGGCCCUCAAUGAGAACUCACUGGAGAGCUACUUACGGCUGUUUCAGGAGAAUCUAAGUCUGCUGCACAAGUACUAUGUGAACCUGGUAUCUGGGCUGGAAUUCAUUCGCUUUGACUUGGACCUGGAUGCCCCCUACUUGGACCUGGCACCGUACAUGCCAGAUUACUACAAGCCUCAGUAUCUGCUGGACUUUGAGGAUCGCCUGCCCAGCUCCAUCCACGGCUCAGACAGCCUGUCGCUCAACUCCUUCAACUCGGUCACCUCGACCAAUCUGGAGUGGGACGACAGCGCCAUUGCGCCAUCAAGUGAGGAUUAUGAUUAUGGAGAUGUCUUUCCUGCAGUGCCGUCCAUGCCCAGCACAGUCUGGGAAGAUGGGGACCUCACGGACACUCUCAGCUGCCCGCACUCCGUGGCCUCUGGUCCGAAUGGCAGCAAGGCCUCUGCGAAGAGCCCCACGCAGCGCUACAACCCCUUCAACGCGGAGACAGCGGCCGUGCUGUCCUCCACCGAAACCACCCCUGCGCACUCUGCCUCCCCGCUGGAGCAGCUGGAGAGCGGCACGGAGCUGGAAGUCAUCAGGUUAGCCAAAAAGAAGAAGACAGGCAAGAAAAAGAAGGUGAAAUUGGAAGAAACCGUGAAUCCCCCGCCCCCCAGCGCCACAGAGACUGGCCUCCAGCUGGCUGGCCGGGCGAGGGGGGGCAGCAGACUGAGCGGAGGAGCUGAGCUGAAGACAGACAGCAGGCCUCCCUUGAAGAGAGACAGCAGGCCUCCCUCCCCAGAGGCUGCAGAGGGCCAGGAGAGGCCAGAAGAAAUCAGCCAGCGCUCGGCCCUGAGUCAGCUGGGUCUGCGGAUCCCAGAGAUGAAGGACACCUCCAUGGAGAGUGUGGGGCAGCCACUGAGCAAAGUGAUCGACACGCUGAACGGGCAGCUGGACCCCAGUGGCUGGAAUUGCCACCUUGACCCCCCCGAUCGGUCCUUUCGGACUGGCCCACCAGAGGACACCCCCCUUGGGCCGCCCUCUGGCAGCUUUAGCGAGGGGAUUUCGACCCCCAUGGACUUCUACCGCUUUACCAUUGAGAGUCCAAACACUCCUGCGCCAAGUGGUGGCGACCAUGACGCUGCAGGGGCUGGCGAAUCGCCACAUGUCCCUCGUAGCCCUGCGACUGCUGGACAAGAGGAAGGAGGAGAGGGGGGAACAUCUGGGGCACUAGGGCACGUGCAGGAGGAAGCAGAGAAAACCCAGGCCAGCAAAGCAGAAGCCGGCAGCGUGGAUGCGCUCAGCAGGCGGAAAGGAGACCAGCCCAGCCCCUCUCGGAGCAGCACUGAUGACUCUGGCGUGGAGGAGGGACAGGGCAGCCCGCUGGAACCAGCCCAUCCGUCAGAGUUCAGGGUGGAUAACAACCAUCUACUGCUGCUCAUGAUCCACGUCUUCCGGGAGAAUGAGGAGCAGCUGUUCAGGAUGAUCCGAAUGAGCACCGGGCACAUGGAGGGGAAUCUUCAGCUGGUCUAUGUCCUGCUGACGGACUGCUACAUUUACCUGAUCCGGAAAGGAGCAGCUGAAAAGCCCUACAUGGUGGAGGAGGCUGUUUCGUACAAUGAGCUAGACUACGUCUCGGUUGGCCUGGAUCAGCAGACGGUCACGUUGGUCUGCACCAACCGUCGGAAGCAGUUCCUGCUGGACACGGCCGACGUGGCCCUUACAGAGUUCUUCCUGGUCUCUUUGAAGUCAGCCAUGAUCAAAGGCUGCCGAGAGCCGCCGUACCCCAGCAUCCUCACCGACGCCACAAUGGAGAAGCUGGCACUGGCCAAGUUUGUGGCCCAGGAGUCAAAGUGCGAGGCUUCUGAAGUGGUCGUGCGCUUCUAUGGCCUCGUCCACUGGGAGGACCCCAUGGACGAGGCAUUGGGACCAGCUCCUUCCCUUUACACCUCUCCUGAGCCUGCGGUCGCUAAAGAGGGCGUGCUGCAUUACAAGGCUGGGUCAUCCUACCUGGGGAAGGAGCAUUGGAAGACCUGCUUUGUGGUGCUCAGCAAUGGGAUCCUGUACCAGUACCCAGACCGCACGGACGUUAUCCCUCUGCUCUCCGUCAACAUGGGGGGGGAGCAGUGUGGCGGGUGCCGGCGCUCAAACACCACAGAUCGCCCCCACUCCUUCCAGGUGAUCCUGACCGACCGUCCCUCCCUGGAGCUCAGCGCUGAGAAUGAGGAGGAGAUGGCAGACUGGAUGCAGUACUUGUGCCAGGCUGUCUCCAAAGGGGUUAUCCCCCACAGUGGGGUCCCCACAACCUGCAUCCCCUGCUGCCUUGUCCUAACGGAGGAGAAGGCCUUCACCUGCCACGAGGACUGCCAGACGAGCUUCUUCCGCUCGCUGGCCACCGUGGAGCUGCCGGACGUCGCCGCUGUCUCGACGGAGGCUGGCAAGGAGUACUGUAUAAUCGAGUUUGCUCAGGAUCGCAACCAGUUCCUGCCCCCCUGGGUCCUGUACUUUAGUUGCACUACAGAACUGGAGCGGUUCCUCUUGGCACUGGGCACCGUCUGGAGAAAUAUCUACCAGGUUGAUCUCCGGUGCAAGGAAAUCCACGAAGGCUCAGUCAGGAAAAAAUGUGAGGAUGCCUUGAGCCUGAUCCACAGUGCCUGGCAGCGCAGCGACAGCCUUUUCCGUGGCCGGGCCUUGCGGGACCCUUGGUGUUAACAGAGGGACAGGCAGAGUGCCAGGUCACAAGACUCUCCUCCCACGACACUAGCUCUGCAGGGCGGCGCUGGCCUUCACCUGGUGAUGGCCGGUGGAGGCAGCCGGACUCUA